CUAUUCACUUACCUCAAUAAAGUUAAUAAUGUUUUGAAAGGGUUGCAUUUAAUAUUAUGUGGGUUGUAUGUAGUCACUGCCUUGGUUUUGCCCGAGCAAUUUUUUACACAUUUCAUGAAAAGAUACGGAUUUAGUUAGACUCGCUCAAAACCUAUCAACAUGUGCAACAGUGCAAGUCCAACUCACCCACUGACCCGUUCCAGUUCCUACCUAAUCUACCCUUCCCUAGUCAGUUAGUUACAGUAGUUGGGUUAGGUUAGUUUAAAUGGGUUGGAAUAGAAAAUGGGCAGAGGGUUAUAUCCCGUAGCUUCCCUUUAAUCCCAAUCUCGGUUUCAGUUUCUCAGCUUUAGUGCAUCCUCUUCUCCCUCUUAUGUAACUUUGCAUAGAAUCAGAGACGGAUGGAUAUGACUUCAUCAAAUCCAGACGGUAUAUGUAUCUAUCAAUUAUCACUGGGUUAUUCAUCCUACAGAACAAUGCAGUGUCUCAGCACCAAAGGGGAGCUGCAAAUGGCAUUUCUAUGACUUGGAUGUCUCUUUUCAAAGCCUUUGGUCCAUUUGGUGGUGGUGCUUUGUUUUCAUGGGGACAAUCGCGAAAGAAUGCUUCGUUUCUUCCAGGCAGUGAGAUGGUUUUCUUUGUUCUAAAUAUGGUUGAAGUGGUAGGAUUACUGAUGACCUUCAAACCAUUUCUUGCACUCCCUCAACAACGUGGAUAACGUAUUCAAGAACUACAAAACAUUUAGUCAUAUAAUUCCUCUAGAGGGAACCCUGGUGCAGCAGGGGCAGGAAUCAUCUCUCAAAAUGAAGGUUGUGAGGUGGUACAAAUCUCUCAUUUGGCCUUAGUAUAUUCCAUAUUAUCUAUCUUACUCGAUGGGCCACAAUUUUUGGAUGUAAUAUCCUCGGAUGAACUUGUGUAGUUGAAGCUUUACCUCCGGCAUGAUUCCGUCCGUAGUAUCUGCGGUAUGGAAGAAUGUGGUCUUUAACAUAUCGCUGAUUCAGUCUGUUUCAAAAUAUUGUUUUAAGAAGUUUACAAUAUCUCAGGACUGGUAAGCAAGAGUUUCUCAUCUCAUCCUAUAUUCUUUUCAAAUUUAUUCUUAAGCUAUCAAGUCAAGAAUAUAUUACUACUGAUUGUUACAUUUGUAAUAUGUAGUAUGAAUUAAACUUUCUUCCAACUGUUGUUUUACCGGUACUAGUCUUUAAAUGGAUGCUUAAUCAUAAAAGAUACGACUCUUAUAAAUGAAAUUAAUGACGUAAAUAAAAACUUUUCUGUGUUUAUGUUUU